AUGCUUGGAAUUUGGAUUGCUGCACUCUUAUUCUUUGGCACAUCAACAGGAAAAGAGAUCUGCUAUGAAAGGCUGGGGUGCUUUAGAGAUGGUUUACCCUGGACUGGGACUCUGUCCAGGCAGUUCGCUGGUUUGCCCUGGUCCCCAGAAGAGAUAAACACUCGCUUCCUGCUCUACACCAGGCGCAACCGCAUAGCCUACCAGGAAAUCAGUGCAGUUAACCAUCGAACUAUCCACGCCUCGCACUUCAGAACAGACAGGAUGACCCGCAUCAACAUACCUGGGUGGAAGUCAGACGGGAAAUGGCAGCAGGCCAUGUGCAAUGUGUUGCUAAAAGCAGAAGAUGUGAACUGCAUUAACGUAGACUGGAUUAACGGAUCGCUGGAAUACAUCCCCGCCGUCAACAAUCUUCGUGUUGCCGGUGCCGAGGUGGCCUAUUUCAUUGAUGUUCUCAUGAAACAGUUUGGAUAUCCCCCUUCUAAAGUGCACCUGAUCGGCCACAGCCUGGGAGCUCACCUGGCCGGGGAGGCUGGGGCCCGGACGCCAGGCCUCGGGAGAAUAACUGGGCUGGACCCCGCCGGGCCGUGUUUCCACGACACCCCCAACGAGGUCCGGCUGGACCCCUCGGAUGCCGGCUUGGUCGAUGUCAUCCACACCAACGCAGCUCGCUUCCUCUUCGAGUUUGGGGCCGGCACAAUCAACGCUUGUGGGCACCUGGACUUUUACCCAAAUGGAGGGAAACAUAUGCCAGGAUGUGAAGACUUAAUUACACCUCUAUUAAAAUUUGAUUUCAAUGUUUAUAAGGAAGAAGUGGCUUCCUUCUUUGAUUGCAACCAUGCCCGGAGUCAUCGCUUUUAUGCAGAAAGCAUUCUCAAUCCCCACGCCUUUAUUGCUUACCCUUGUAGGUCCUACGAGUCUUUCAAAGCGGGAAGCUGCUUCCAUUGUCCCAAAGAAGGUUGCCCAACAAUGGGUCAUUUUGCUGAUAAAUUUCCCCUCAAAAAUAAGAAGCCUAAUAGACCCUAUUAUUUCUUAAACACCGGGGCUCUUUCCCCAUUUGCCCGUUGGAGGCACAAAUUGUCUGUCACAUUGGAUGGAAACAAUGUCACUCAGGGGAGCAUCUUUCUCCGUGUCGGUGGGACGACUGGGAAGACGGAGGAGUUUGGGGUGGCCAGUGGAACACUUAAGCCAGGCAUGACCUAUACAAAAUUAAUUGAUGCAGAAGUUAAUGUUGGCAACAUCACAAGUGUUGAGUUCAUCUGGAAGGAACAUUCGUUCAGGCGUUCUCGGAAUAAGUUGGGAGCAGGCAUGGUGGUAGAUAUAUCUGGGAAAUAUGGACAUGAAUCUACCUUCUGUAGCCAGGAUAUGAAGGGACCUAAUAUUGCCCAAAUCCUGAAGCCAUGCAAAUCCGAGAUACAGUCUUGA